UAAAGUGCUCGAUCUCUGGUUUGCAUUUCUUCAUUCCUUCAUCAUUUCACCCUGGAGCUGCUGCAAAAGGGAAUUUCCUGUCGUUGUUUCUCCCAUGUGUGAGACAGAGGGGCUCAAUAGCUCCCCCCCCCCUUCCACCCUGGCAGCACUAUGCAGCCACUUACACACACAAAGCAGCAUACUGACAGCAUCUAGAAUAAUGACAACCAGAUACUCUGAAAUCAAAAGGAGAAAAGGGAAAACACCGGGCACAGAUCGAAUGCUGGGUAAGAAUAUUGUUCAAUUUGCCACCAGGGAAGAUGUAUGUGAGGGCAGAUAGACACACAGAUAGGUAGAUAUAUUGAUAUGUACUUUCACAUUGCUUAUACAGUACAUCAAAAGGGAGGAACACGGCUGCAAACAUCUGCUUCUGGGCUCUGUGUCCAGCCUACCCUUAUGCUUUUUGAUGUGGGACAAGGAUAAAGCGAGAAAGGCAGAGAAAAAAACAAGGAGCCAGCUACCCAGAACAUCAAAGCGAUCGCCUCAACGUGCAAGUCCUCAUUAGUUCUGCAAGCCUAACCAACCCGACUUGUGAUUGUGUUUGCCGGGGUUCACUUUGGCAAACACUUCAGAGGAAAGGUUCCUUUAAAUUAUAACUCCCACCCCCACCACAAGCCGUACGCACUGUAAGUCCCCUGCCAUAACCCCCACAAACUCCCAGAAUCACCACGCGCUCCCCCACUCACCACUCCACCCCAUAAUCUGGUGUGCAGCUGCAAACAUCUGCUCCGGGCUCUCUCUCCUCUCUGAAACCACCGAACUGAUAAACACAUCUAUCACAGAGCCUCUGACAGACGGUGCGGCAUGUGAAACGACACUGGAAAAGACACUUUUGAUUACAUCAGAGCAAUGUUUAUGCAGGCACUGAUGAUUCUCGUUCAGCAAUGUGCCACUGUGAGAUCCUGCAUAGGCUACUAGUUUACAGUAGCCUACAAAUACAUAUGUAAAAAUAAUUUAAAAAAAAAACAAACAAACAAACAAAAAAAUCUUGAAUAUUAAGAUGGAAUGUACUGCAGUGCAUUGUAAAUAUAUUUCAAAAUAUAAAUUGAAUGUAUGGUAAAAAUUUAUUCAGUAUAUUAAAAUUUCCAUAAUCAAGUUUCACAGCAAAUCCUUUUUCUUUUUUUAAAAAAAAAUCCACACAAAGAGGCUCUUUUGCUCUCCUUCUGAUGACUGAACACACUUCAGCCUGCCAAGUCCUGUCAUUAUUUAUUUAUUCAGUUCAGUCUUGGCUGAAUAAUUAAACACAGUGGAUAUGUCUGAGUCUAUUUGCCUCACUAAUGACCUACUGCAUAGAUUUUAUUCUAUAAAAUGCACUGUAGUCUAGCUGGCUAAAAAUACAACCUUCACAAAAAAAAAAAAAAAAAACACGCACCCAGCUGAAAUGUUAUAUAAUCUUGCUUUUACUUUUAAUUUAAAACACGUUCCAAGCUACAAACCAUGUCUCGUCCUCUCGGAUGAUUAAAUGCGUCCUGGGUACCAUCCUGUGCAUGUAAUUAACAACACGGAUGCAAGAAGCAUCACUUGAACGCUACACAGAUGCCUUGGAUAAUCUCGCGAGAUCAUAAAACACCGAAGCUCUAACGCUGUUAUCGCGAGACCCGCACGAGGCGAUUGGAGUGUACUUGUCCGGCGUCGCUGUCAGAGGAAAGGCCAGCCAGCUACCAUGGGGAACAUUUUUGGCAACCUCCUAAAGAGUCUUAUAGGGAAAAAAGAGAUGCGGAUUUUGAUGGUCGGCCUGGAUGCAGCUGGGAAAACCACAAUCCUGUACAAACUGAAACUUGGAGAGAUAGUCACAACGAUUCCCACCAUCGGGUUUAAUGUGGAGACAGUGGAGUACAAGAACAUCAGUUUCACAGUGUGGGACGUCGGUGGUCAGGACAAAAUCAGGCCUUUGUGGCGACACUACUUUCAGAACACACAGGGCCUGAUAUUCGUGGUGGACAGUAAUGACCGAGAGAGGGUGAAUGAGGCCAGAGAAGAGCUGAUGAGGAUGCUAGCUGAAGAUGAACUGAGAGAUGCAGUGCUGCUGGUGUUUGCCAACAAGCAGGAUCUGCCAAACGCCAUGAACGCAGCAGAGAUCACUGACAAACUGGGCCUUCACUCACUCCGCCACCGUAACUGGUACAUCCAGGCCACUUGCGCCACCAGCGGCGACGGCCUGUAUGAGGGCCUCGACUGGCUGGCCAACCAGCUCAAGAACAAGAAGUGAGUCGAAUCUGUGGACGGCUGAGCUGCAGCUCAUCAGGGAGCACCAGUGGGUUUUUUUAUUGUGUUUACAAGAUGAGAGUGGAGAGAGCAGGCCAGCUCUGAGUCCAGCUGCUUAGCCUGUACUUUUCACACUUUGUAAAAAUGUCACUUUAAACCCCCACUCCCAUUCUGCUGAAUCUACUAUGAUUAUAUAAUGAUAGAAAAUAAGUAGCACAUCUCCAUAUCAUGUUUUUUUCUGUUUUGUUAGUGGCCAGAAAGGUAGUUGAAUGGUGUGACUUGAAGUGAUUCAGUAAUAGUGUUGGGUAAGUUACUCAAAGAAAAUAAUACACUACAGAUUACUAAUUACUACUUUAAAGUUGUAAUCUGAUUACAUUACUGAUUACUGCAUGUAAAAAGUAAUCAGAUUACUAAUUACUUUACUUUCCAGUUACUUUCAAAACCUAUCAAACAUUCAAAAAUACACUACAAAGUGAAACUCAUAGUUAUUUCAGUAAUUUUAGCGCAUGUCAAUGGAGGAUAUGAUCAGGUUGGAUUUCUCAUAAAACUUGCCUCAGGUGUUGUCACUGUUUGUAGGAAUACCAGACCGAUAAAAUAUAAAACUUUUAUAACUAGGCUAGUUUGGUGUCGCUAGCCAAAGGAGAGGCAUAGCUAAGCUAUCAUUGUAUGGGUUUAGCUGCUACAGUGCCAUGCAGAGUAUAUCUUUCCUUAUGCUCUGCUCAUAUCAUGUUCAUGUAAACUGGAACUCAUUUACACACCUUGUUUUCCUGCUCAGCAUCAGAGGAUUUUAUUUCAGUUUCAACCCCUUUACUGGUUUAAAAAUAAAAAUCGGCGUAUAUCCAUUUUUCCUCACACUGACAGUGAGCUAGCGUUUGGCAGAAUGAGAGACUGUCAGCCAAUAAUACAAGAGUAUUUCCACGUAUUUUCCUCUAAACCCUGUCUGAUUGGUCUCGCCUCCGUUCACUGAAGAAAUAAAAUUACGAGACCAACGUCUUCUUUUACUGACGUCAGUUACGUAGUGACAAACCGCUCCAAGUAGAGAAUUAUUCGGGGCUAAAGAAAAAAUCUUCGGGGCUACAGCCCCCAGUACCCAGGCCAGGUUACGCCCCUGGCCGCUGCCCAAAACAUGAUUUAUUUUUUAAAUGCAUUUUACGUAAUAUUGUUUUCUUAACCAUAAAUUUGGACCGCAAGUAAUGGAAUUUGAUUGACAUCAGUAACUGUAAUCAAAUGACAUAAACAUGAACAUUUCUGUUAUCAGAAAAAGCAAUUAAAAUACAGUAACGUGUUUUACCCAACUCUGUUCAGUAAUCAGUAAUAAGGAAUGAUGCUGAUUUUUUGUUAUUACUGUGGUAUAGAGUGUGUAAUGUUAAAUGCAGGUCAUUUAAACUAUUAUAAUGUGCUGCCCUCAUGGCUCAGAGGUCCUGGGUACAGGAAACAAAUUGAAGUGAAUGUUGUUGCUCAGAACGAUCCAAGAGUGCUAGGUGUGUUUCUAUUCGAUAUGUUUUUGCUAGAGUACUACUACUGAGGUUUUACCGUAACAGUCCGUGUUUUAUUAGCAUUUAGAUCUGUUGUGAAACAGCAUUACGUUUUGACUGCCUGCGUAUAUUGCCCUGUUUUGAGCGGGCCUCUGCGCGUUUGUGCACAGACAGAUGACAUGAUCCCUACUCUUUAUUUAUUUAGAUUUUUUUGGCAUGUAGACAUUGACUUGACAGAAUGAUACAGUGGCUGCACAUUUCUUGGAUCAUCAGUUACACCUCAGUCAAAAUGAUUUACUGUUCUUGCAUGUUGCCUCUCUGGCAUGGUAGUGUGUGCUCUGCUUUUUCAUCAAAUCUGUUGCAUGUGUUUAUUAGAUGCUGUGCGUUAGAAAAGACUAGCUCUCUAUAGCUCCGUGAGUGGUUCUUUGAGUUCUUUAGUGCGUUUCGAAGCCACUGUAUUCAUAUCACUCAUCAUACAUUGGUGAAUGAGAACAAUGAGUUGUAAUAUUUGGAAAGAAAUUUGUAUUAAGUCAUGUGCUGCUGAUCAAAGCAUGUUUUUUAAGCAUCCAUAAUUUCUGUACUGAUGCUGAGAUUUUAAUGGUUAAAUUAAUCAAUUCAGUCAACAACGGCGUGUUAUAACACAGCAUCCCAUGAUACCUCAAGUUGUCUCUCUACUCACAGAAAUGUGUGUUUCUUAACUUAUUGUACUAUUGACGCUGCCCCAUGAACAAUCUUUAUACAACAUGGUUUAAACAAAUGGUUUAAUAUAAAACAUAAUUAUCAGCCAUUCCAUUCAUGACAUCACAGAAAGUGAUUUUUUUUUUUAACUUUAUUUUUAUUUAUUUAUUUAUUUAUUAGUAAACCUUUAUAUCAUAUUAGUGCAAGACUAUAUACACAUCAGGUUAUUAUCACUUACUUGUUAAAAUGUUGAUAAGAUGAUUGACUGCCAUUAAUACAAUGUAUCUACCUGUGUGAAUAUAUCCAAUAAUUUAUCGAAAAAAAACAUCCAAUAAACUCUCUGUGACAAAAAAGGAG